GCCAGGACCCAGAAACGCUAGUCGGGGCGUUUAGGUCAGAACUCCUCCGGCAGCCUGACAGCAGGAGCUCGAGAGAAGCAUGGCUCAGCGGUGCCUUUGCGUGCUGGCCCUGGCGGCUAUGCUGCUCCUAGUUUUCGCCACCGUCUCCAGAUCGAUGGGCCUGAGAAGCGACGAGCAUCAGAGGGAGUCGCGAAUCCCUGCUGAGUUCAGCAAAGAGGAGCGCGUCGCGAUGAAAGAGGCGCUGAAAGGUGCCAUCCAGAUUCCAACAGUGACUUUUAGCUAUGAGAAGGCCAAUACCACAGCCCUGGUUGAGUUUGGAAAAUACAUUUAUAAAGUCUUUCCUACAGUGCUCAGCACCAGCUUUAUCCAGCAUGAAGUUGUGGAAGAGUAUAGCCACCUGUUCACUAUCAAAGGCUCGGACCCCAGCUUGCAGCCCUACCUGCUGAUGGCUCACUUUGAUGUGGUGCCUGCCCCUGAGGAAGGCUGGGAAGUGCCCCCAUUCUCUGGGUUGGAGCGUGAAGGCGCCAUCUAUGGUCGGGGCACACUGGACGACAAGAACUCUGUGAUGGCAUUACUGCAGGCCUUGGAGCUCCUGCUGAUCAGGAAGUACAUCCCCCGAAGAUCUUUCUUCAUUUCUCUGGGCCAUGAUGAGGAGUCGUCAGGGACAGGGGCUCAGAAGGUCUCAGCCCUGCUACAGUCAAGGGGCGUCCAGCUAGCCUUCGUUGUGGAUGAGGGGGGCUUCAUCUUGGAUGAUUUCAUUCCCGACUUCAAGAAGCCCAUCGCCUUAAUUGGUGUCUCAGAGAAGGGUUCCAUGAACCUCUUGCUGCAAGUAAACAUGUCUUCAGGCCACUCUUCAGCUCCUCCAAAGGAGACGAGCAUUGGCAUCCUUGCAGCUGCUGUCAGCCGACUGGAGCAGACACCAAUGCCUAUCAUAUUUGGAAGCGGGACGCUGGUGACAGUAUUGCGGCAAAUGGCAGAUGAGUUUCCCUUCCCUGUCGAUAAAAUCCUGAGCAACCCACGGCUAUUUGAACCCCUUAUAACCAGGUUUAUGGAGAAAAAUCCCUUAACCAAUGCAAUGAUCAGGACCACCACGGCACUCACCAUAUUCGAAGCAGGGAUCAAGGUGAAUGUCAUCCCCUCAGUAGCCAAGGCCGCAGUCAACUUCCGGAUUCACUCUGGACAGACAGUCCAAGAGGUCCUAGAACUCACGAAGAACAUUGUGGCUGAUAACAGAGUCCAGUUCCAUGUGAUGACUGCCUUUGAUCCCCUCCCCAUCAGCCCUUAUGAUGACAAGGCCUUGGGCUACCAGCUGCUCCGCCAGACCAUACAGUCCGUCUUCCCGGAAGUCAAUAUUACUAUCCCAGGUACUUGUCUUGGCAACACAGACAGCCGAUUCUUUACAGACCUCACCACUGGCAUCUACAGGUUCAAUCCCUACUAUCUACAGCCUGAAGACUUAAAACGAGUCUCAUCAUCACCCCCUAGAAUUGAUGGAAAUUGGCCCCUCUUUUAUAAAGAUGGAGAUAAUUGGGUGAUUGGGGAGAAGCUGGUGGAAUCCGUACCCUUGGGUGCUAAUCCCAGCUCUUCCUGUCUUUGGGAGAGGGCUUAUCCUCUGGACCCCGUUUCCUCCACUUACAAAAUGGGGAGACUCCUCAGCAUUUUGUGAAAUGCAGACCACACAUGAGGUCAAAGGUGGGUGCAUGUUUUGAUUUCUCAGAAGAAAGCACUAUGGAAAUCCACGAUGUGAGCACCAAUUUUAACUGCUCUGUGUGAAUUACUAUUUUUGUGGGUUCUUCAGCACAUUUUUAAUCCUGGGGUAUGGGAGGACGAUUUCCAUUUACCUCUCUGCUACUUAUCAUGUCCAGACCUGGUCUCCCCAUCUUAAGUCCUCUGUAGACAGAGUGAAAAUAUUUGAAUAGGAGUUUAAGAACAGCUUUCUUUUUUUGUUUUUUAAAUGGGAGAUGGAUAGGUACUCUGUUUCCUUUUAUCUUUGAGAUUACAUAUGUAGUUUGGUGGUUGUUUGUUUUGUUUUGCUCUGUUUUGUUUCACUGUGGGGAGGCAGGUUGGUGGGUGUCAGGUCUGAUAGUAAAGUUCCUAGGUGCCACAGA